UUAUCACGUACAACAUGCGGCUGCUCAUCGGAUUUUGUAUCCUGGGACUCAGCUGGCUCACUUUAGUUAAAACUGAACCACAUAAAGUAGUCUGCUACUUUGGAAGUUGGGCGGUAUACCGUCCUGGAAAUGGAAAGAUCGAUAUAUCGAAACUGGACCCGAGCCUCUGCACCCACAUGAUUUACACGUUCGUUGGAAUCACAGAUGCUGGUGAAGUCAAGGUGUUGGAUCCGUGGGCUGACCUCCCCGAUAACGGGGGUAAAGCUGGCUUCCAGAAAUUCAACGCCUUGCGGAAGCGGCAUCCGGGAAUGAAAACUCUCGUGGCAAUCGGGGGUUGGAACGAAGGCUCUCAAAAGUACUCCAGGGUCGCUGGAAAGCCGGCUUUGCGGUCACAUUUUGCUGAAAACGCGGUAGAUUUUGUACUCAAAUACAAAUUCGACGGCCUCGACAUCGACUGGGAAUACCCAAAUCAGCGAGGCGGCAAGCCGGCGGAUGUCAGGAACUUCGUCCUCCUCCUGAAGGAACUUCGGGCUCGCUUUGACGAGCACAAUCUUAUCUUGACCGCCGCUGUUGCCGCAGCCGAAGUCUCUGCCAGCUUGUCAUACAACAUUCCGUCGAUCUCGAAGUACCUCGACUUCAUCAACAUCAUGACCUACGACUUCCAUGGUUCCUGGGAUCACAUUACCGGUCACAAUACUCCUCUCUAUCCAGCGAAACGAGAGACGACAGCAGUUUCUCGGGGUCUUAACGUCAAUGCAUCGGUGAAUUAUUGGCUGAACCACGGCGUACCGGCCAGAAAACUUGUCCUGGGAACAGCGCUUUAUGGAAGGACCUUCACUCUUUCGAAUUCCCGCAAAUACACGCCUGGAUCUGCGGCUUCUGGGCCUGGCAGAGCAGGUCAGUAUACUAGACAACCCGGGAUGUUGGGUUAUAACGAGAUCUGUGAACAACAGUCGCACUCCACCUGGAUUACGGCUUGGGACGUGGAGCAGCGGGUGCCUUAUGCCCACUAUGGCGAUCAGUGGGUCAGCUUUGACAAUGUUAAGAGCAUCACAGAAAAGGCAAACUAUGUCAAGAAGAUGGGGCUCGGAGGUGCCAUGGUUUGGAGCAUCGAAACUGACGACUUUGGGGGCGUCUGUGGGAACAAGUAUCCUCUUCUCAACGCCCUGAACCGCGUGCUGCGAGUUCAAUAAACUGUGUCAGAAGUAUCAAUACUUUAAAUUUAAAGUACAAAUUUUAUG